UAGCAUCACAAAAAUCCUUUCCGAAUUGCACUGCGAGCUCUCAGCUCUCAUGGCUAGGUGCCAGCUCCCAGAUCCUCCUCCUCUUCGCAGGCAGCCGGGGUCAAGAGGAAGCGGCUUUUCUGGUUCCUCUGAGCUCUGUAAAGCUUCCCGGUACCGCCGGGGCCGUUGCCCGUGUUCACCGGGAUCCGGCUCCCUCUUGUGGGAGCUGCUCGCCCAGACCCUGCAGAGCUUCGGCGCUGCAGCGGCGUCGGAGUGCCAGCUGUGGGCUUUGUGCAUUAAAAUCUGUGUCAUCACCUUGGCAGAAGCUCACCCUCUUCUUCAAACUGGAAAAACAAUUAAAAGUGUUAAUUACCAAAUCAGUCCCAACUGUAGCAGACUUCAGAAUAAGGUCUCUGGGAAGUCAAAAAGGGGAGCUCAGUUUUUAACAGAACUUGCCCCACUGUGCAGGAUAUCCUCAACAGAUGGAGAAGAGUACACUAUUUAUAGUUGUAUACGAGGGCGACUGAUAGAAGUGAAUGAAAACAUUCUUAGCAAUCCAGCUAUUUUGCAAGAAAAGCCAUCAACUGAGGGAUACAUUGCAGUGGUUCUACCCAAAUUUGAAGAGAGCAAGAGUAUAACUCAGGGACUUCUGACGCAGGAGGAGUACGAGGAAGUUUUGUUGAAACGUCAUAAUAAUUCUGCAUGAAAUUAAUUAUAUAGGCAUCAUCUGUAUUUGAUAUUUAAUAAGUUUCUUGUACACUGUAACUUUCAUAGGAUUGAAAGGCCUGUGCAUCUGUUUUUAAACGUGGAACUUAAAACACUGGUUUCACACAAGAAUAAAACAGUCCAUUUUGUAUA